AUGGCAACCGGCCGAUUCUCAAACGGUAUGCUAUCGACCGAUUACAUAGUCCAAUUCCUAGGCCUAAAGGACUUAUUGCCACCAUAUCUAAACCCUAAUUUGAGUGAUCAUGAUUUGCUCACGGGUGUUACCUUUGCUUCUGGGGGUUCUGGAUUGGAUAAACAAACAAUUGAAGCAACAAGUGCUAUGGAUUUGAUGUCGCAAUUUAAGUUGUUUGAGGAUGUUCUUAAGAGGUUGAAUAAAUCGGUUGGAGAAGUUAAGACUAGGAAUUUGAUAAAGAAAGCUGUGUUUGUGGUUGGUGUUGGUACUAAUGAUAUGUUGUUCAAUGCGUAUUUGUUUCCAACAAGGUUGAUUAAGUACGCUAAUAAUGUCUAUGGGUACCAUGAUCUUCUGCUGAAAAAUCUAGCGUAUUUUAUUCAGAAACUGUACGGAAGAGGAGCUAGGAGGAUUAUAGUGACGGGUCUUCCCCCAAUGGGAUGCUUGCCACUAAUGGUGACAAUAAACAGCUUCUUACCAGGCCCAAAUUGGUUAAAACGUUUGUGUAAUCCAAAACAGAAUCAACAAUGUGAAGCCUACAACACCAAGCUUAGCUCCAAAGUUCACUCACUUGAAGCCACACUCAAGGGUUCUAAGAUUGCCUUCUUUGACAUUUACUCACCCCUUUUGGAUAUGGUGCAAAGUCCACUCAAAUAUGGGUUUGAAGAAACAAUGAAAGGAUGCUGUGGAACAGGGCAAUGGGAGAUGGGUCCAGUGUGCAAUGUGCUUGACUUGACUUGUGUUAAUGCAUCAAAGUUUCUAUUUUGGGAUGCUAUGCACCCAACACAAUCAGGAUACUGGUUUCUUGCCCAAUAUGGCAUUCAAAAUGUGCUUCCAUACGUUACUAGCUAG